AUGCCUGGAAGACCCAAACUAAAGAGAGUAAAGCAUGCAUUUGAAUCACAAGAUGCCAAAUACCCCUCACAAAGGUUAAAGGUUCCUAAGACUGUGAGGUGUGAACAAGUUCCAACAGCUUGGGUUUAUGGAGAAGUUAAGGAAAUAGAUGUUGAUGAAAGAAAGGUCAAGGAUGGAGAAGUUGAAGAAGGAGAGGCUAAGGAAGGAGAAGUUGAAGAAGGAGAGGCUGAGGAAUAA